GCAACAUGGUAUAGUCGUCUGCUCCGUACAAAUCUUCAAUGGUGCGACUGCCACUUGUCCAGUCUCGCUGUAUCAAUCUAAGAGAAUGGGCUGGAGUAGGCCUUGUCAAUGGAACAGCCACUGGGUCAUCGAAAGGGGACUUUUAAAUGGGCUCAUCUGUGAUAGAGUACCGUGAGGAUGACACUGACUCUUGAGCAAGCUGGCAGAGAAGUGGGUUACAAGAAGAGGAUAGAACAAUAACCUGGACAAGCCGUGUUACGACUCUCGCAAGAACCUAGGGUGCACGUCGAUUUAGGAGGGGAUACCUGGAUAAGCUGGAUGAUACUCAUAUUGAUGCUCCCGCGGCUUAUAGGUCCAAUUGCAGAAUGUUUCCAGCGAAUAGUAUAGGAUAAAGGUGCAUUGUGAUUGUCAACGUUCGCGAACACAGACUCUUGUUCUAGAGACCGGUACUUCCAGUUGUUGCUCAACUUAACAAACAAAAUGUCAGUUCCCGGAGAGCCAGUUGAGACCAAGAUGGGGCUAUUGUCCAUUAAAGGUGCUGCCACUGCCAUUACGUUCUUCCUCGGACUAGGGAUGUUUCUCAUGGCAUUUGCUUCCACGGAAUGGCUUGGUUUGGACGAGGGUAUAUCUAUUUCCUUGUGGAAGAGCUGUUCCAAGGACUACAAGACACAGGUGUGGACGUGUGUGGCAUGGGAUGUCUUACCAGAUUUCGUGAGAGCGGCCCAAGGAUUCUGCGUGGUCGGCAUCCUCACCUACGCCCUGUCCCUGAUGAUCCUCGUCGCCUACAUUACAGUGCCCACUCUACAGGAAACAAGAGGGGUUCUUAUAGCCUUAUGUCUACUAAUAUUUUCAGCAGGCUGUAUGACGCUGAUGGCUCUCAUCGUCAUGGGAAUCAAGGGCAAAGACUUCUGUGUAGAUAUACGACGAGAUAUCUCGAAGUUACUCCAUUACUUUGCAUUACGAGUUAACGCAUAUGGUUCCUUCUACAUCGGCUGGUCCUAUGUUAUAGCCAUCCUUUCCUCUAUCGUCACUCUAUCUAGCUUUGCCUUCUGUAUGCUGGAAUUCAUCAGGGUCAACGACAUGCCAGUCAGACAGCACUGAGUCCCGAAGAACGUUUAACCGAAACUGAGUGUCUGCUCAAACAGGUGUGUAUAAUCUGGUACUGAGCAUGCAUGGACUUCUGUGAUGGAACAUCAUGGUCAACACGUGUGUAAGGAGAGACGUAAGGACUUUCAUGACGGUUUCAAUCGUUGAGGUGUGACUUGAGUCGGGUGCUGUACACCUGGACGUUCCAUAAUGGUUUUCCACAACUGCAUGUUUCCCAUCACCAUUACCACCAAGCUGAACGUGGUGUUAUUUGAAGGUGCCAGCUCAAAGUCUACCUUAAUGUGAUCGACCAGUCCCCCAGCCUUAAUGUGUUACAGACUAGAACGUAAUGACAACAAGCGUGUAUGCUGUUUCUGAUUUAUUAUUUGGCUGUUUUUUUGUGAGAAACGUCGGGGAACAAGAUUCACUUUAACGAUAAAGCGAGUUAGCGGGCCGAGAGAAUGCCUGUUUACAAAUCAAUGAGUAAAUAGCAUGGCUUUGUUUAUGGGAGAGUUAGUUACCGAGAAUGCAACUCAUGGUAAGACUUUUUGAAUGCCAUGGAUGUGAUAUAAUGGAUGAGCGAAUGACGAAAUCAUAAACCUGAACAAACCCUGAAAUAUCACUACAGUGUUUUACAACACUAAAGCAAGGGCAUCACAUACCAAACGUAAAGCUAUCAACAAAUUAUUGACAAUUGUAAUGGACUAUGCGAAGUUAAAUACGUUUUAAUAUUAAAUCUGAAUGGGUUCCAUAUUUAAUUUAUAAAACCUGUGUAUGUAUGUCAACAUCAGAAGGCAUCCCAAUUGAUAAUGGCGAUGAAAUGAAAGGUACGAAAAAGAUGACAGGCUCCGAAAGGUCAUGGAUGAACUAGAACGGUAUACCACUUGAUGCCAGACUGUUUAUGAUGACUCCAUCAGUAAAGACCAAUCGGUCCGAUGUGUAUAUCCCGAAGAUGGAUAUAAUUUUAUAGGGAGGCUCGCUCGGAAUGAAAGCCUUAGAAAGGAUAUGGACAGAUGAUAGCGUUAGUCAAUGAAUUGACGUUAGGGUCAAUACAGUCAACAUGAAAUGAAUUCAUGACUACACCAGACAUCAGAAUGGAGACGUAGGCCAUUUCGAUGAAGAAAACAGAACGGUCUGAAAUGCCACUGGAUGGGUAAUUAAUGUCGCUUGGUGAUUAAUCAACUUUUGUGUAAAAAGAUUCAAUUUGGAUUCCCAUUUUCAGGCAUAGCCCCAGUGAAUGUUCUGUUGUGAGAAGAAAUGGAAUGUUUCUUAAUGGACGUCAGUACGAAUAGAACGAGACUGAAGUGUUCAAAUUUAUUUGGCCAUGACUCCAUUUCUUUGGCGUGAACUUUUAAGAGAAAGCCUUCUUACUAGACACAGGAUGAUGACGGAGUGUUGAUGUGUUCCGGGACCUGGCAGAGUCUAUAUUGGACAUGGAGCUACUUCCAGGCACCUCUACCAUGCCUGUAAACCGCCAUACUAUCAUGUACCAUCAUGUUAUCAUGUAUACAUGCCAAUGUAUUCACGUAGUACGGGAGACAUUGUAUGGACAUCAUACACUCAGGGCAUGUGCUAAUACCAAUUUCUCAUAAGAAACAGAGAUAGAGUAGACUGUCUUCAAAAAACAAUUGAACCGAUAUCUGAAACCGGUUUGAUAAACCGUUAUCUGCAACCGGUUUGAUAAAUCGUUGUCUAAAACCGGUAUGAUAAACCGCAAUCUGUGACGACACAAGUGCUGAGUUCGAUAGUUACCUGGAAGAGGACGGUUCAGAAAUAUUCCACAGUAGUGCUUCUGUCUUGACAAAUGUGACCAUCAACAGAGUAAAUGACAACGGAAAAUGUUAAUUACUGCUGUAACACCAGGACAGUGAACAUGAUUGAUCAGUGCCAGCGCUCCACUGAUUCCGUUAAUGUCUCAUUUUCACAAUAUCAAUUUAUCCUGCGUCUGAUAAGGACCUGCUGUACGACCAUAACGGAUCAAGUCCUGCUAAGUUGAAACCACAAUUUGUUCGUCCCUUAACGAUUCUGAGAACACUUAUUGUUACGUACAUGUUAUAGUGAAUGUCUAAAGAAGGAACAUGUGUGCUUGUUGUUAAAUACGUUUCCUUGUGUUAGAAUUUUAACGGGAUAAAUAUUUACUUUAUCGUCAAACAUUCUGACAUUGGGAUGUCUAGAAAUUUGAUAACAAUAAAUUUGACAUCAAUGACUUUAGGUUAAUUCCGUGAAAUGCUCUAUUCAAAUUAUUAUGUUGAUUUUCCAGUCGUAGUUCCAACACGGUGGGAAUAAUAAUGACAAUAAUCACACACUGAUGUUCAUUAAUGUUCUUCUUCACUGUUAGGUCUUACUCUUCAUUCAUUCCAACGAAAUAUUCCCAUUUACAUCGACCUUGAAAUACUCAAAAUACCCUGGGGUGAACAGAUAUAUACUGUGUUUGUUUAAGCCUUGAGUUGAAAUUGAGAUAAGUUAUCAUUCAAAUAUCAGGCAUCCACAUAUUCUGAAAGAAUUGUACAUUAUGGGUGAGAUUUUUCACUUCCGAGUUUACUGUGAUCUCUAUAGGCGUGUUUGGACAUAUUGACAUAAUCACUAUUUUGUUAUACUAUCCUCAAAUAUUAAACACAUCUCCUUAAUUAUGUUUAGACUUAUCUUGGGUUGGAAUAUUCGAUUGACCUUGAUUACAAGCCUUGGUUUGUCAGCACCAUCCCCGGGUUGUAAGUGAAAGGAUACUUUUUCGGUCAAUAUUUUAAAAAACACAAUUGUUUUACUAUCGGUUUCUGUGAAAGGAGAAGCUACACAAUACAACAAUUCAGAAUCCAUUUUUUUCAGGAGACCCACUAUGUAUAACGAGCAAUUAAUGUUUGGGGUAAAUAUUUUUUUCAGGAGCAUUUUUUUUAAUCCCUUGCCUCUCCACGAAUAUCAAAUGGUCGGUCCUACGUGACCUUCAUGUGACCUUCAUGUGACCUUCAUGUGACCUUCAAAAAGAUGUGAAACCUGCCGACCAUUAUUCAGAUGAACCGCCGUGAUGUAAUUCAACUCACUCAAUCUGCGUUUAUUAUACCAAAAUAAAGUCUCAUUUCUCGGGUACUACAUGAUUGUUAAGUGUCUAGAAAAGAGGUUUUCCCCUAUAUCGUCCUAUGUCAUGAUAGAACGAAAGUUUCCCUCUUCACCCGCACCAACGUCCGUACUUCACCCAAACACUACCUCUAA